UCGGGCUCCGCCGUUGUUUGAUAUCAACUUGUUUUUGACUCGCUUUCUCGCGGUUGAUUCAUCAUGCCUCAGAACGAGUAUAUCGAACGCUGGCAGAAGCAGCACGGUAAGCGGCUCGAUCACGAUGAGCGUGUCCGCAAGCGCCAGGCUCGUGAAUCGCACAAGCAGUCCAAGGAUGCGCAGAACCUGCGCGGCCUGAGGGCCAAGCUGUACCAGCAGCAGCGCCAUAAGGAGAAGAUCCAGAUGCGCAAGCGCAUCAAGGAGCAGGAAGAGAAGAACGUCAAGUCUUCCGCUCCCGAUGAGCCGUCUAAGACUCCUCUGCCCCAGUAUCUGCUUGAUCGGUCGCAGGCCACCAACGCCAAGGCCCUGUCCAGCGCCAUCAAGGACAAGCGGAAUGAGAAGGCUGCUAAGUUCGCUGUGCCUCUUCCUAAGGUCAAGGGUAUCAGUGAGGAGGAGAUGUUCAAGGUCGUCAACACCGGAAAGAAGACCCACAAGAAGUCCUGGAAGCGCAUGAUCACCAAGCCUACUUUCGUCGGUAGUGACUUCACCAGACGGCCUGUUAAGUACGAACGGUUCAUUCGUCCUAUGGGUCUGCGUUACAAGAAGGCCAAUGUUACGCACCCCGAAUUGGGUGUCACCGUCCAGCUUCCCAUCCUCUCCGUCAAGAAGAACCCCCAGAACCCUCUGUAUACCCAACUGGGUGUCUUGACCAAGGGUACCAUCGUUGAGGUGAACGUUUCCGAACUGGGUCUCGUCACCACCAGCGGCAAGGUCGUCUGGGGUAAAUGGGCGCAGAUCACCAACAACCCUGACAUGGACGGCACUGUCAACGCUGUUCUCCUCGUCUAAACACCUCUUCUCAUUCAUCCAUGAUUAUGAAUCCCGCUCUAUUCCUUCAUAUCAUCAUACCAUAUCCCUCCCUAUCUCAAAAUAUGCCCUAGUUGCGUUGGUUUGUGUUCGUCUUCACAUAGACUAUAUCAGUGGGUGUGGCGUUAGCGGCGCGCAAAGUAUCCGUCUUGUUUCCCAAUUUUCAUAUUCAUUUGCCGAAAAGGAUCCCUAUUUGUCUACUUUCUGAUGUGACUUGAAAUUGCUCGCUGAGGCGAGUGAGCGUACCGAUUCAAG